UGCAAUUGUAUCGACUCCCUCUCUUGAAUAGGAGUCCUCUUUAAUUGAUCGAGUAUGGACUACGAUUUCAGGAACAUAGCGGGUCUACCAUACGAUCCUCAAGUCCCCAUGUACAGAACAACGACCACUCCCUCAUCGAGCUCAAGCUCGAGCCAUCCGAUGUACGGACCAUCUUCUCUCUACCCUAAGAUCAGUGGUCACUCCGUCAACCCUCCCGCCGCUCGUCCCCCUUCUUUUCAUCCGACUUCUUCUCCUUCAUCUUCUUCUGGAACAGGCAUUAGGGUCGCCUUAAAGCCGGAAUACCGGAUUACACCACCGCCUCAAUUGUCCCCAGAUAUUGGAGAUAUUCCUAGGAGCACCUUCCAGUUUGACUUUGAACUGGAAAGGAAGAUACUAGCUGAGGCACAGAAGGACUCCCAAAAUUGGGGUAGGCUUGGACUGGAAAACCUUCCAUCUAAACCUGCAGAAUCAACAUCUUCUUUGGGCUCUAGGGCUGAUCCUGUAGUGAGCAAAUACAUUGCAGCUGGUCUCAGCAGAGAGGCUGUUCCUCUUGCAGUUGCCAAUUUUGGAGACAAUCCAGCCAAGGUCAGGGAAUUUGCCAAUGGGUAUACUCUGUUGCGAGAUAUGGGAUUCUCAUCAAACAACGUUGCAGAGGCUUUACUCAUGUACGAUAAUGACACAGAUAAGGCAUUAGCUCAUUUUCUGAGUGGUUCAUCCUAAAAAUGCUGGGAAUAGAGUUGUCAAAUGUUGGAGUGAUGGUACGAUAAAAUUGCAUAUGUAGUUUGUUUAUAAUACAGUUUUAGUGAGAUACUCUGGUACAUGAUUGUGAAAGCCUUUCAAGGAUAUAAACAGCUAUAGCAAUGUAAUUAAUUCUCUUGAGUAUCCCUUCAUAGCUUGCGGUGUAAUAGGCUGAUCUGGAAAACAUUUUAUUAAGUUAAUUAAGAUUUUAUUACAACUCAUACUUAAUUAGAUGGAUUGUUUG